AUGUAUAAGUGGGUACGCAACUGGAUCCGAACGUGCGAAAUAUGCCAGCGUGUGAAGCCAUCUCCAUCGUCACAGGCUCCCUUGCGAUCGUUGCCAAUUGCAGCAGAGGCCUGGAGAUCAGUUUCGAUGGACUUUAUCUUCGGGCUUGCGCCCGAUAGCCAAGCUAGAACGGGCAUCUUGGUCUUUGUUGACAGAUUCAGCAAGAUGACACAUCUCGUGCCUGUUCACGCUAAAGUCACCGCGGCAGAGACCGCGGCGCACUUCAUCGACGCGGUGUUCCGUCAUCAUGGCCUUCCAGAAAACAUUGUUUCGGACCGUGAUCCGCGAUUUACGUCCGCAUUUUGGACAUCACUUUUCGAGCUCCUCGGGACAAAACUGCUGAUGUCGACGGCAUCCCAUCCGGAAACGGAUGGGCAGACCGAGCGCGUGAACCGAGUCCUCGAAGAUGUUCUUCGGAGUUAUGCUACGUCAUUUACAAGUUGGAGUGCAUUUUUACCACUCGCUGAGUUCGCACUCAACAACGCCGUACACGCGUCAACAGGGUUGACGCCAUUUUUUGUAAAUUCGGCUCGUCACCCUCGUGUUCCUACUGUCCUGGCCGUGGGGCGACCCACAACACCUAUAACACGAUCCAAGGCAAAGACGGCCAUUUUGACGCCAUCAGACGUGGCGUCCCCAUUAGCUCGAUGCACUGCGCAGACAUUGAUUGACCUGUCUUCGGGUAAACGUUCCCCUACUGCCAACUACGCGCCGAUUGAGUCGGCGCGACCAAUUGAUGACAUGGCCGUGUCGGAAUUUAUACUCCAACGUCAAGCCAUCACCAGGUUUGUACGCGACGCACUACAAACUGCUGUAGACCAACAGAAGGAGAACGCUGACAAACAUGGAAGAAAGAACAUGAGCAAGUUUGAGAAAGGUGACCGUGAAUUAUUAUCGACGGAAGGUUUAAGGGAUUCUGCGGUCACUUAUCUGGGCGCGAAUAAACUCGCGCCACGCUUCAUCGGUCCAUUCAAGGUUCUGAAGGCAAUUAGCGACGCUUAUACACUCGACGUCCCCUCUUCACUGCGACUCCACCCGACAUUCUAUGUCGGGCGGCUGAAGGAAUAUCGUCCGGCUACGCUUCACGGUUUGGCUCCGACGCCGGCUUCAGGGGUUCGUAAGUCGAACGGCCUUCCCGUCGCGCUCGACGCGCCGAUGACAUGGGGCGGGGUCUCGAUCCCGUCUGAACCUGACCAAGCAUCUGGCGCUCCAGAAUCCUUAUCCGCUCGAGCAGUUCACGGUUCGACUGUCGGGUCUCACUCGAAGUCUUCUCCGCCUGGGCAGCACGUUCACUGGCAGCCUCAGCCUCCAGCCGAGCAUCGGCAGCUAUAUUCACGGCCUGAUCAACAUCGUCCUGGGCAACCAGGACGCCAGCUCUACCACCGCGAGAGCCCUCCUCCGCUUGUUGAUGCGGAGGGACAGGUGCGCUGGAUUGUAGACCGCAGUGUGGGUCACGAGGACCCUCCACAACCAUUACUGCAGUCGGCUCAUGAGAAGCGUGCGGUUCCAUCCGUGCGUAGCCACGAAGUCGGACUAUUCCAAGGCGGGCGAGCACGCGAACGUCUCGUGACAAACGAGAGCGGUAAGGAGAUUCACGUUGUCGGAAACGGAAACGAUGACGCGAACGAGAACGAUGUCGCGAACGAGAACGAUGCCGUGAACGAGAACGUCGCGGUGAAUACAUAUCACGAUUGCGAGGCGAGAAUCGCGAAGUUCCUCUCGAUUGGCGAGCCAUAA